AGCAAACUGGAGACCACCACAGUUGCAUCGACCCCCUUUCUGGUAUUAUGCAUGCAAACCAAGAGCUCCGACCGAGCGUUUGUUAGCGACAUGGAAGUCACGUCUAUAAAGUAGAGGAGAAAAGUUUUGGAUGUGGCAACCGUCCGGCAGAAAUACCGGGGUGAGCGCGGCUUCAAGGAACAGCGGAAUACUGAAUUCGGGCUUGCUUUUUUUACGUGGACAAUCAUGUUUUUGUUCUCCUGGGGACUUAGUUUUUUAGUAUUACUCUCUGAUUUUAUGAAUGCACUAGCUUCAGCAGGGACACCGCCAGGUUCAGAGAAAGCGAAAUUAUCGCACUUUGGCGCGUAUGAGAUUGUAACUCCGGCCAGAGUGAAUGAAGCCGGUGACAAACUGCCAACGGGCGUGCACUUCAAGCGGAGAAAGCGGAGUACCGACCCAGUAACCGGCAACAUCUCCCAUCAUUGGACCUCUCCGCAUGUCUAUUACCAAAUAUCUGCUUUUGGGCAGGACUAUUACCUUAAUCUUACUCUCGAGUCGGGAUUUAUUGCGCCAGUUUACACUGUCACGAUACUCGGAGCAUCCAGUGAAGGUUAUAAUUCAGAAGAGUGGGAGGAGGAGGAGGAGGACACGGAGUAUCAGCACUGCUUUUAUAAAGGACAUGUGAACGCUGGGCAGGAGCAUACCGCAGUAAUCAGCCUCUGCUCCGGUUUGCUUGGCACUUUCAGGUCACCAGAAGGGGAGUUUUUUGUGGAGCCCCUUCAUAGCUACAAUGGUGAACAUUAUGAAGAAGAACACAUCAAACCUCAUGUCGUGUACAGAAAAGAUGCUUCAAAAAAGACUGUAGAUAACUCAACUACAUGUGAAACUUCAGGUCAUAAAGAGCCACACCGGAGACUCAGAAACAGACUGAAGAAGAAGUCGCCCUCAAGCAUGUUGUCCGACCUGGAGACUCUUAAUUCCAGACUCUUCUCUGCCCCCUUCCCCUCCUCAGAAAACAAGCAAAACUCCGCUAAUGAAAGCAGUGACUCCAAGCCACACCGGAGAUCAAAGCGUUUCCUCUCCUACCCCCGUUUUGUUGAAGUCAUGGUUGUGGCAGACAGCAAGAUGGUGGAACAUCAUGGAAGCAACCUCCAGCACUACAUUCUUACACUGAUGUCAAUCGUUUCCUCCAUCUAUAAGGAUCCCAGCAUUGGAAACCUGAUUAACAUUGUUAUUGUGAAGUUGGUCAUCAUAAAGAAUGAGCUGGAUGGUCCCACUAUCUCUUUCAAUGCACAAGCCAGUUUGAAAAACUUCUGCAUAUGGCAGCAGAGUCAAAACCACGCGGAUGACAAUCAUCACUCGCAUCACGACACUGCCAUCCUAAUCACAAGGCAGGACAUCUGUCGAGCCCGGGACAAGUGUGACACUUUAGGUCUUGCUGAGCUGGGUACAGUUUGUGAUCCCUACAGAAGUUGCAGUAUUAAUGAGGAUAAUGGACUCAGUACUGCUUUCACCAUCGCUCAUGAGCUUGGCCAUGUGUUCAACAUGCCACACGAUGACAGUAACAAAUGCAAGGAGGAUGGAGCCAAGAACCAGCAACAUGUGAUGGCCCCUACGCUCAACUAUUACACCAAUCCUUGGAUGUGGUCCAAAUGUAGUCGGAAAUACAUCACAGAGUUCCUCGACACAGGGUAUGGUGAGUGUUUGCUCGAUGAGCCCGUUUCUAGGCCAUACAGUUUGUCCCAGCAGCUGCCUGGACAGAUAUACAGCGUCAAUAAACAAUGUGAGCUGAUAUUUGGGCCUGGGACACAGGUGUGCCCAUACAUGACACAGUGCCGAAGGUUGUGGUGCACCAGUCCAGACGGAGUCCAGCGUGGCUGCCGUACCCAACACAUGCCAUGGGCCGACGGGACAGAGUGUUCUCCUGGAAAGCAUUGUAAACAUGGCCUGUGCAUCCAUAAAGAGCAUGAAUCAGUUCCAGUAGAGGGGGCCUGGGGCGUCUGGAGUCCCUUUGGCACAUGCUCAAGGACCUGUGGAGGGGGAAUCAAGAUUGCUGUGCGCGAGUGCAACCGACCCGUGCCCAGAAACGGGGGGAAGUAUUGUGUUGGACGCAGGAUGAAAUUCCGUUCCUGUAACUCUGAGCCAUGCUCCAAGCAAAAGAAAGAUUUCAGGGAGGAACAGUGUGCCAGCUUUGAUGGGCGGCACUUCAACAUCAAUGGUCUACCUCCAAAUGUCCGCUGGGUGCCAAAGUAUAGCGGAAUUCUGAUGAAGGAUCGCUGUAAGCUGUUCUGUCGUGUUGCGGGGAGUACAGCUUACUACCAACUCAGGGACAGAGUUAUUGAUGGCACGCAGUGUGGGCCUGAUACCAAUGACAUCUGUGUGCAGGGCCUGUGCAGGCAAGCAGGAUGUGACCACGUGUUAAACUCCAAGGCCAGGAGAGAUAAGUGUGGAGUGUGUGGUGGGGAUAACUCAUCUUGCAAGACUGUGGCAGGAACGUUCAACAUAGUGCAUUAUGGUUACAAUGUUGUGGUGCGAAUUCCCAGCGGUGCUACAAACAUAGAUGUGAGACAACACAGCUACUCAGGGAAACCAGCAGACGAUAACUACCUCGCCUUGUCCAACAGCCGUGGAGAAUCUUUACUCAAUGGAAAUUUUGUGGUCAGUAUGUUUAAAAGGGAAGUCAGAGUAGGGAAUGCUGUUAUUGAAUACAGCGGCUCUGACCAUGUUGUUGAGAGAAUCAACUGCACUGACCGCAUUGAAGAGGAGAUUAUUAUCCAGGUGCUAUCCGUAGGGAACCUCUAUAACCCUGACGUCAGGUAUUCCUACAACAUUCCCAUAGAGGACAAACCUCAGCAGUUUUUCUGGGAUGUGUACGGCCCGUGGCAGGAUUGCAGUCUGUUGUGCCAAGGAGAGCGCAAGAGAAAGAUCUUGUGCAGUCGUGAGUCGGAUCGAGUGGUUGUUUCUGAUCAGCGGUGCCAUGGCUCUCCCAAACCAGCUGUGAUCUCUGAGCCAUGCAACACAGACUGUGAACUCAGGUGGCAGGUUGGUCGCAAAAGCGAAUGUACAGCAACUUGUGGUCUGGGCUUCAAGACUUUGUACAUUUACUGCAUCAAACAGAGCAGGUUGGAUGGGAAAACCCAGAGAGUUGACGACCGAUAUUGCAGCAACCAGCGCAAGCCUGAAGACAAGGAGGUGUGCCAUGGAGACUGCAACCCUGGUGGAUGGGAGUACUCUUCCUGGUCUGAGUGCUCCAGGAGCUGUGGAGGAGGAACACGUCGUAGGAGUGCAAAAUGUGGAAAGUCAGCAGAAACUGAUGAUGAAACCAAGUGCAACCCACAAGAAAAGCUCACAGUCCAACCUUGUAAUGAGUUCCUGUGUCCUCAGUGGAAUACUGGAGACUGGUCCGAGUGUUUAGUGACAUGUGGCAAGGGGUAUAAGCACCGCCAGACUUGGUGUCAGUUUGGAGAGGAGCGUCUGGAUGACCGCUUCUGUGAUUCCUCCAAACCAGAGUCGGUACAGGCCUGCCAACAGCAAGAAUGUGCCUCCUGGCAGGUUGGACCCUGGGGACAGUGUACUACCACAUGUGGCCUGGGCUAUCAGAUGAGAGCUGUGAAGUGUAUAGUUGGCUCAUAUGGCUCUGUCAUGGAUGAUUCUGAAUGUAACGCAGCAACACGUCCAACAGACACUCAGGACUGUGAACUCUCGCAGUGUCCUGUUACUCAUCCUGUUGCCCCAGAGACAAAAGUGAUGUCACAUCCUGGUCAUAAAACACAGUGGCGCUUUGGAUCUUGGACACAGUGCAGUGCCACCUGUGGAAAGGGCACCAGGAUGCGCUAUGUAAGUUGCCGUGACCAGCAGGGUGGAGUAGCAGAGGAAUCGGCCUGCUCCCAUCUUCCAAAACCUCCUGCUAGUGAGGUUUGCUCUACAGUGGCAUGCGGACAGUGGAAGGUCCUGGAAUGGACUCCGUGCUCCGUGUCCUGUGGUCAGGGUAAGACUACACGGCAAGUAGUGUGCAUGAACAUCAGUGAUCAAGUUGUGGAAAUGAGUGAGUGUGACCCAGAUGAUCAACCAGCAACAGAGCAGGAGUGUGCCAUGCCCCAGUGUCCGUCUCGCUCCAGCGACCACGGGGGCUUUUCACCAAACAUUGAUUCUCGGAAAAAAACAGUUCCCGCCGGACGAACUGACCGUAACAGAGCUGGCAGACCCCAGUCACAUCAAUGGAGGACUGGACCAUGGGGGGCGUGUUCAAGUACCUGUGCCGGAGGAUUCCAGAGGCGUGUGGUGGUAUGUCAGGAUGAGAACGGCUACCCUGCCAACAGCUGUGAUGAAAGCACUCAACCCAUAGAGCAACGCUCCUGUGAGUCCGGCCCCUGCCCUCAGUGGUUCUAUGGCAGCUGGAGUGAGUGUUCAAAAUCCUGCGGAGGAGGGAUAAAGACCCGGUUGGUCGCUUGUCAGCGGCCCAACGGGGAGCGCUUUAACGAUCUGAGCUGUGAAAUUCUUGACAAACCACCCGACCGAGAACAGUGCAAUACUCAGUCCUGCUCUAUUAACCCUCACUGGAGCACAGACCAAUGGAGCUCGUGCUCUGCGUCCUGCGGGAGAGGAUAUAAGUACCGCAAUGUGACUUGUGUCAGUCACUCGGGCCAGCCAAUCCCAGAAGAGAACUGCCUGCACCUGCCCCUCCCACAAAAGCAAAGGCGUUGCAGAGGUGGGAGGUGCCCCAAGUGGAAGACGGGAAGCUGGGGAGAGUGUUCAUCGUCUUGUGGAAACGGGCUGCAGCAUCGUGAGGUUUCUUGUGUCAGUGGUGAUGAGCACAGGACGCAGGAGUCUAAAUGUUCCCGUCUCCUUCGCCCUCCCUCUACACAGCCUUGCCGGGUCACCGAUUGUGUCUCACACUACAGCUGGGGCAAAGGAGACUGGCAAGAGUGCAGCAAAACAUGUGGUUCUGGGCACAAGGUUCGAGCAGUGGUGUGUUUGGAUAAGGAAGAAGAUGAGGUGCUUGAGGAAUACUGCAUGAACCAAAGGAAACCGGCUGAUAAGGAACCUUGUAACAUACAACCCUGUGAGUUCAUCUGGAUUACUGGAGAAUGGUCUGAGUGCUCAGUCACGUGUGGUCUGGGGUAUCAGAGGAGGCUUGUGUCCUGCAGUGAGGUUCACGCUGGGAUUGAUCAUUAUGAGUAUAGUCUUAACUCUUCAUUAGACUGCCCCGGCACCCCUCCUGAGGACAUCUUGCCCUGCUUUCGUCUGCCUUGUCCUGUCCCACACGCCUGGAAAGUGGGUGUAUGGGGACCUUGCUCUACAACCUGUGGAAGUGGUUGGACAGAGAGACAAGUCCAGUGUAUAUCAGCAGAGGGUGAGGUUUCUGAAAAAUGUCCCUCCUCCAAACCUGAGGAACGGAAAUCCUGCAUCAGCCCUUCUUGCCACUUCCCCACUAACUGUAGAGAUGUACAGCUCCAGAAAGGUGUCGUCUCUGACGGUGAACAGACAUUGAAAAUUGAUGGAAAAAUUUUAAAAAUCUACUGUUCAGAGAUGAACACUGACAGUCCUAAGGAGUAUAUCACGCUGAUCACCGGAGAAGAAGAGAACUUCUCUGAAGUCUUCGGAUACAGGCUGAUGGACCCCACACAGUGCCCAUCCAACCUAAGCAGGAGAGAAGAUUGCCAGUGUAGAAGAGACUACACAGCUGCUGGUCUUUCUACCUUCACAAGAGUUAGAAUGGACCUCGGCACAAUGACCAUUAUAACCACAGAUUGGAAAUUUGCCUUUAUCCACGAAGGGCAUAGGGUUCCUUUUGCAACGGCAGGAGACUGCUAUAGUGCUGCUCGCUGCCCACAGGGCCGGUUCAGGAUCAACCUCUCAGGAACAGGAUUUAAGGUGACAGAAAGCACUAGGUGGAUUUCCCAAGGGAACUACGCCACAGCUGAUAUUCACAGGUCUCAGGAUGGCAGUAGAGUUUCUGGGAUAUGUGGUGGUUACUGUGGAAAAUGUACUCCUUCCUCCAGCCCUGGACUUCUUAUCGAAGUGUCAUGAUGGCAGAUGUACUGGUCAGGUCUCCAGACAAACCAGAGGAAAGUGUAUAACCUGUUUCUAAAUACUUAUUUCUACUGUCAGACUUAAUUUAUUUGAAAGGGAAAUCUAAAUUCUAUGUGCAUGAUACAUACAUACAGUUAUAUACAGCCAUACAGUUCACUUAUGAGCCAUUAUGAGUGAUGGAAUACCAAUAUAGGUUCUUUGGCAUCUAUUUAGCUGAAUGUAUUUAUACAAUACUGUUCAAAAGCGUAUUGUUGGUAAGUUUUUUUUUUUUUUUUGUGAUCUCUUGCAAUUUUAAAAUAUAUUUGAAAGAGGUUUUUAAACUUGCCAAUUAAUUUAAUUUAAAAUAUAGUAAAACAGUAAUAUUGUGAACUAUUUUUUUUUAAAUAUAAAUCUUGUGUUUUUGUCUUUACUGUCACUUUUGAUUAGUGCUGUUAAACGAUUCAUCGCAAUUAAUCGCAUCCAAAAUAAAAAGGUUGUUUACAUAAUAUAUGUGUGCACACUGUGUAUAUUUAUUACGAAUAUAUAAAUAUACAAACACAUAUGCAUGUAUAUAUUUUGAAAAUAUUUACAAACCCAAUUCCAAAAAAGUUGGGACACUGUACAAAUUGUGAGUAAAAAAAUGAAUGGAAUAAUUUAAAAUCUCAUAAACUCUAUUCACAAUAGAAUAUAGAUAACAUAUCAAAUGUUGAAAGUGAGACAUUUUGAAAUGUCAUGUCAAAUAUUGGCUCAUUUUGGAGCAAUAUCAGAAAAGAGUUUCUUAGAGAAAAAUUGAAGUUAUCAUCAUCUACAGUGCAUAAUAUCAUCCAAAGAUUCAGAGAAUCUGGAACAAUCUCUGUUUGUAAGGGUCAAGGCCAGAAAACCAUACUGGAUGCCCGUGAUCUUCGGACCCUUAGAUGGCACUGCAUCACAUACAGGAAUGCUACUGUAAUGGAAAUCACAACAUGGGCUCAAGAAUACUUCCAGAAAACAUUGUCGGUGAACACAAUCCACCGUGCCAUUUGCCGUUGCCGGCUAAAACUCUAUAGGUCAAAAAAGAAGCCAUGUCUAAACAUGAUCCAGAAGUGCAAGUGUUUUCUCUGGGCCAAGGCUCAUUUGUGACAAAGUGGAAAACUGUUCUGUGGUCAGACGAAUCAAAAUUUGAAGUUCUUUUUGGAAAACUGGGAUGCCAAGUCAUCCGUAAAAAAGAGAACAAGGACAACCCAAGUUGUUAUCAGCGCUCAGUUGUCAUAUCUGAUGGUUUGUGGUUGCAUGAGUGCGUGUGGCAUGGGCAGCUUACACAUCUGGAAAGGCACCAUCAAUGCUGAAAGUUAUAUCCAAGUUCUAGAACAAUAUGUGCUCCCAUCCAGACGUCGUCUCUGUCAUGGAAGAUCUUGCAUUUUCCAACAUGACAAUGCCAGAUCACAUACUGCAUCAAUUACAACAUCAUGGCUGCGUAGAAGAAGGAUCCAUGACAAGCCUGCAGUCCAGAUCUUUCACCCAUAGAAAACAUUUGGUGCAUCAUAAAGAGGAACAUGCGACAGAGAAGACCUAAGACAGUUGAGCAACUAGAAGCCUGUAUUAGACAAGAAUGGGACAACAUUCCUAUUCCUAAACUUGAGCAACUUGUCUCCUCAGUCCCCAGACGUUUGCAGACUGUUAUAAAAAGAAGAGGGCAUGCCACACGGUGGUAAACAUGGCCUUGUCCCAACUUUUUUCAGAUGUGUUGAUGCCAUGGAAUUUAAAAUCAACUUAUUUUCCUCUUAAAAUUAUACAUUUUCUCAGUUUAAACAUUUGAUAUGCCAUCUAUGUUGUAUCCUGAAUAAAAUAUUAAAAUGUGAAACUUCCUCAUCAUUGCAUUCUGUUUUUACUCACAAUUUGUAUCCCAACUUUUUUGGAAUCGGGUUUGUACAUACAUACAUAUACAUAUACAUAUACAUAUAUUAAUUAAUCACGAUUGUUUGACAGCACUACUUUUGAUCAAUUAAAUGGUUAAAAUGGUUGAAAUCCAAGCUUUUUGAACAGUAGUGUAUGUUAUUCCUAAUUAUUUAUGAAUGGUAUAUUUGUUGUGAAAAUUUCAGUGAUUCAGUGCUUUCUUGAAUUUUAUAGAUGAUGUCAUGUCUGGUGAGUUUAGUAUUUUUCUUGUAGAUGGAAGUACAGCUUAUUUAACCAUAAACUCACCGGUCUAAAGAAGGCUAUAGAGACGGGAUGUGAACUUGUGUUCAGAUUUUUGUUCUGACAGAGCAGGAAAAAUCUUAGUGGGAGAGAAGUGUUCAGAUAAAUAUCUGAGAAGGGGAAAGAGAAGUCUGCUUAUAGCAAAAGAGAGGAAUUUGAAGGUUGCAUGGUUGGAAUUAGAUAAAGGUUUACGAAAUUAGAAUUCUAAAUUGUCAAGAUUUAACAUGUACAGUUUAGGUACUUGUAUGUACAUUUAAGCUAGUAACAUCUUGGGGUAAAUAAGGUUAAAAAAAAAUAGGUUACCAUCCUAGUGACAGCUUUGGGGUUUGUACAUUUUAUUGUGAGAGUAUGAAGUUGGUCAUCUUGUUCAUUGCCCAAGCAGUACAUUUUGAGACAAAGUGUUUAGCCUAAAGGAAAUUGAGAUGGUUAAAGACAUUUGAAUCAAAUGUUGUAAAUUAAUUAAGGCUUUCCAAAUAUCAAACACAGCCAAAUAUCAGAAGAAGUCUGUAGCCAGAAGCAGUCUGGAAGAGGUGACAUGGCUCAAAAUUAUGCCUCAAGUUUGCUGGGUGAAGUGCAGUGUGAAAUUUUUUUUUUACAUUUUUAAAUUCUACCUCGGCUAUGCCAGUUGAAAGCUUUUAUCCACUUCAUAACUUAUUGUAUAAUUAUUGUAAUAGCAAAUUAUGUUUCACUAAUAACUGCACUGCCAUUAUGUGUAUAUUUUAUUACUGUGUAUUUAUUGUGGUGAUAAUUCACUGGUACAUUAAAAUCUAUUGGCACAAUAAUUGAUGCCAAUUGGAAUAUUGAAAUAUUAUUAUUUUGGUGUAUUCAUUACAUAGACCAUUGCAAUAGCGAAAGACAAAUAUGUUUAACAGACGGAUAAAAAAAAUACAAAGACAAUACUGUAGUACUUGAACACAUUUUAUAACAUUAAAGUACUAAAAAAAACAUUCACAAAUUGGUCUUUGCUAAAUGGUGCUAUUUUAUAUAUAUAUUUGUUUUUAAAUUAAGUAUGGUUACACAAUUAUGAGAUUAAUUUAUUUGUGUUGUCUUUAUGUACCUUUAAAUGCAUAUAAUCUAAUAAUUAAAAAGGAUUUUUGAAAACAACAAUGCCAUUAUCUAGAUAAUAGAUCUAUAUUUUCUUAAGUAUGGCAGAAAACUAUGCAUCACUUUGAGUAAUGCUGAAUGCCUGAAGCUAUUGUUGUAAAUGAUUAUAUAUCAAAUCAUAAAUCAGUUAAUUUUGCAUGUGAAUAAAGUUAUAAAGAAAAUUGUAUUAAUAUUUUAAAACAUUUUAUACACAAGAAUAUAAUUUGUAAAAAUAUCUUAAACUGUUUCAAUCCAUCUUUUAAUAAACUAGUAGCCUAUUAUAUUAGUCUUUUUCAUUUCUUUAAUGGUGUUAAAUAAAUGCAUUUUUUUUAAUUAUAUGAUUUUCUCCCAUUUACAUUUGUUUUCUUUUCAUUUUCCAUCAGACAACAUUUUCACAUAAUAUUUAUGUUAUUGUUACAUAUUAUAGUUCAGUUGAGCUGCUUGGAGCAGGUUGUGCUAUGAGUUAUGUGUAAAAUUAUGUAUAUGAAUUAUUUAAUGCAAUGAAUUUGUCUUAAUAAAGUCUACAAUAGUCUUUAAUGUCAAAAUGAAUAUAAUUUGUAUGCCUCACAAAUAAAUUAUCUUUGC